AUGGCCCUGCAAACACCCCGCCGGCUUCCGUCGAACCGGCCCUCCCUCGCAAGCCAAAGUAUCAACACAGCCUCCUCGCCCAAUCUCACCGUUCCCCAUGGCGCCGCUAUGGCUCACCGCAAAGCAAGCCUGAGCGCUCUGACCGCUGGCGGAUCUGGACCUAGCACGCCCCUCGCGAAGAUGGUGGGUGGCGACGGUAGAGAUCUUGAGGUAGGAGAUAUUGUGGACGUGCCCGGAGGGAUGCAUGGAGCUGUCAAGUUCAUUGGGACUGUGAAAGGCAAGAAGGGCGCGUUUGCUGGUGUAGAGCUGAGCAGAGAGUAUGCUGCUAGGGGCAAGAACGAUGGAGACGUCGAUGGGAUACGCUACUUUACAACUUCAGUUCCAGGCGCAGGCAUCUUCCUCCCUCUCCACCGCGCCUCGAAACGCGCAUCGCCUAGUCACUCCUCCGAUACCUUCCUGUCCACCCCUCCGACCCCCUCGUUGACCAACUACAAUGUCCACGGCAAUGGAGUCUCUCCAAGCAACGGGUACACCCCGCCAAAAGCCGCCGUACCAAAGUUCUCACAGUCCGUCGGCCCUGGCGCAAGAGCACCGAGUCCCCUCUUCAAACCCAAAACCAGGCCGUCGCUAGCUCGGCCCGAGUCACCGUUCCGCAAGCAGCCAAACCUAGCGCCCACGCCUAGCAGAGGCGGCUCGAUAGCGCCAGCCGCCUUCUCCAAGAGCGUCAGUGGCGCGCCGCGCUUCACGCCGAGCCCAGCGCCUGGCAGGGCGGGAACACCUAAGGGACGGACGCCAGUGCCGUCUCGGCCGUUCUCGCGCACUGGAUCGAGGUUGGGUCAUCAUACACCGAUAGAGGAAGAUGGAGAGACGACGCCUGUUGGACUUCCUAAGACCAGACCUGUGUCGGGCCAACCGCAAGAGGAAAUACGGCGGCUGAACAAGAAGCUCGAGGAGCGGGAUAAGCAGUUGAAAGAGCAGGCAGCCAGUUUGACCGAGAUGGAGGGCAGUCUCGCUGAACUUCAAACGCUGAUGGCGAAAGAGGAGGCGCACCAGAGUCGGAGCUCACGAGGGGUCGAGGAGGAUGCAGAUGCGACGCAGCUACGAGCGGUUAUCAGAGAGAAGAACGAGAAGAUCGCCAUGUUGACCGCGGAGUUUGACGCCCAUAGAGCGGAUUUUAGGAGCACGAUUGACACGCUCGAGAUGGCGAGUGCCGAGACAGAACGGGUGUAUGAGAAGAGGGUCGAAGAUUUGAUGCAGGAGGUCAGAGAGCUACAGGAGCGUGGCGAGGACGUCGAGAGUGUCGCCCGGCAGCUAAAGCAGCUUGAGGAGCUUGUGCAGGAGCUCGAAGAGGGGUUGGAAGAUGCGCGGAGAGGUGAAGCCGAAGCUAGGGGCGAAGUGGAGUUUUUGCGCGGCGAGGUAGAGAGAGGGCGCUCGGAGCUCAGGCGAGAACGCGAGAAAGCGACUGCUGCGCUGAAGAAUGCCGGUACCGCGAUGGAUGGCCCUCUGAGUCCUGGAGCCUCGACACGAGAAGUAGAACAGAGGGACGAUGAGAUUCGUGGACUGAAAGCUAUCAUACAUUCUCUCAGCUCAGAUCCGGAUCUGGGUAAUUCGAACAGCCCGACAUCGCCCCUGCAGCGAAACGGCACAUUUCCGAGUGCUGCGGCAAAUGAGUCGCGUGAGACAGUAAGUCGGCUGGAAAGAGAAAAGAAGGAGCUCCAAGGUCUUGUUGAGCGGAAGACCUUCCGAGAAGAGGAACUUGAGCGCGACCUCGACCGCCUACGGAGGGAAUCUGGUAUACCGGCUGAGCAGAGAAACAGCAUGAUGAGCAACCCCAUGUCUGAUCGGACAGCGCAGCAGGACAAGCGCUUGUCAGGUCGCGAUUCCAAGGGAACGCUCGCCAGCUGGCGCGAUUCAGCGGAUGCUCGCCGCCACGACGCCUCGCAACUACCACCGAUGGCCGAGUCAGAGACUCAGUCUUCAACAGGGGAGAGCGCUCUCUGGUGCGAAAUCUGCGAAACUGGAGGCCACGACAUCCUCAAUUGCUCAGCGAUGAGCAAUGGAACAACCUCUGCUAGGACUCCCGAUGGUAAGAGGACUGGCAGAGACGUGGUCGCUGCCGCUCUCAAGAAUCUCUCGGUCUCCUCGGAUGAUGAUCUUCCUGCGCCACUGACGCCGGGGAAGAAGGCAAUCUCUCCCGGCGGUCCACCAACGGCACCGUUGCCUAACCCUUUCGAUGCCUCGCUGGUGCCGGGCAAGGGGAGCAGCGCUGCGGAUCCGAACAAGUGGUGCGCGCUGUGCGAGAGAGACGGGCAUGAUGCGACUAAUUGUCCAUAUGAAGACGCUUUUUGA